AUGUCAGCCGGGGGCCAGAAGAAAGGUGGUGACAAACCUAAAGACUUGGUGUCGGAGGGUACAGCAUGGCCAGAGGUGGAGAGAGCGGAGCGUUUGGCCCGUGGAGCUGCCCUGAAGUGGGCGUCGGGUGUCUUCUGUCGCCCUGAACAUCUGGAACGACUGAGCCAGUACAGGAAGAGAGAGAGUCAGAGGACUGCCUCGGUUCACACUAGACUGAAGUCUAUGGUCCAGUCAUACCUGGAGGGGGUGGGCUGGGGUCUGGAGCAGCUUCGAGAGGCCAGAGCCGAGCUGAAGGAGGUGUCCCACACGUUGAAGAAAGCAGGACUGGAAUCUGACGGAAACGCAGACACCAUGAAGUCUCUGGAGAGGCUGAGGGAGGUGUCUGUCACCCACCGUCAGCUCCUCGCCGCCGUUAGCAACCUGCCUCGACUUUAUUCUGUGCGUAGCAUGGUGUCUGAGACGGAGCGUCUGGUGGAGUCCCGGCGGCUUCUGGAGGCCCACACCCGGCUGAUGGACCUGGAGCGGUGGCAGGACGACAUCCUCUGGCAGAUCCACGGGGCCGCUGGCACAUCAGGAAGUGCUCUCAGCGUGGAGGACAAGGAGCUGGUGGCCAGAUAUUUCUCUGGAGUGGGACAACUGGUGGACGCCCUGGGGAAGGAGCUGUGGGCGGUGGUGAGCAGUGCUCUGGCUCUGGCCCGACAGAAUCCCACACCGUUUGUAUCAGCUGUGAGGAUAGUCGAGCGUGAGGAGGCCCUGGAUCGAGCUCUGCUGGCAGAGAGGGGGGGUGCUGAAGGCAGCUGCAGACCCCUGCCUCCUGGACGACCCCGCUGCUGGAAAAUAUCCUUCUUCCAGGUACUAGAGGAGGCCGUGUUAGCGAGAUUUCGGAGCGUGUCCUACCUGCACACACGUGGUCCGGGUCUGGCGGGUCACCUCUCAGCUCUGCAGCACGGCAUCAUGACUGACCUCGCCACUGUACGCCACCUGUUGGAGCACUGCGUCCCGCCGCACUACCAGCUGACUGCAGCCUACCUGAAGGCCAGCCACCGCUGUUUACACACACACCUGGCUCAGGUUAGCAGCUGGGAUCUAGAGAGUGGUGAAAUAUUUGCAGUGCUCAACUGGGUGCUGCACAUUUACAACAGCCCAGAUAUGAUGGGACACCCAGAGCUGGUAGCUGAUAUUGAGAGGGCAGAACUGGGUCCGCUCAUCUCCACCGAGGGUCUGGAGCAGCUGCAGAGCAAAUACGUACAAAGUGUUCAGAGGAGCGUUUCAGAGUGGAUGCACAAAGCUCUGCAGGUGGAGCUGCAAGACUGGCAGAGAGACCAGGAGCCCGAUACAGACCAUGAGGGUUUCUACCAGACCAGCCUGCCCACUAUUAUCACACAGAUGCUGGAGGAGAACGCUCGGGUUGCACUGAUGAUCGAAGAAUCCCUGCGAGACCAAACCAUACAGAUGGGGCUGUAUGAGAUGGAAAACCUCUUAAACAGGUUUCGGGAGGCUCUGGUUGACUUUGGAAAAGAUCAUCGCAGAGAUCCAAGCAACAACAAGAACAAGUUCUACCUCCACUACCUGCUGGCUUCCAUCAGCAACUGCAUCAUCCUCAAAAAGUCCACGGAGACCCUGCAGCAGCAGCAGUCCUCCAGGUCUGCGGGUCGGUUCUCUCGGACUCCUCCCAACCCUCUGGCAGCUCUGGACCGGGCCGUGCGGCGGGCGUGUCGUCUGGUGAUGGACCACCUGCUGCUGGACCUUCAGCCCUUCCUCCCAGGACUGCUGACUCGACCCUGGCUGGUCCAGGGAGAUCCCAUCCCCAAACUCUGCAGCAUCCUGGAGCUUCACCUGGAACUGUACGGUCGAGUUCGAACGCCCUGCCGGCAGCGCCUGCAGGAGGAGGCCCAGUGGCUGAUGGUGGUGGAGUACGUCAGGGCGUUGAUGCAGAAGAAGUUGGUGUGUCGCAGCGCUGAGGACAGGAAGCAGCUCGCUCAGCAGAUGCUGCAGGAUGACCAGCAGCUCAGGGACGUCUUCCACAGCCUGGAAGGUGAGGGGUCAGUUCCUGAAGUGAAUCCUUUGGCUUUACUCCCCAUCCUGGCUGACUUCAUCCGGCUUAAAGACCCCGGCAUGCUCACACUGGAAGUUUCUGGACUUGCAGCUAAAUAUCCAGACAUCAGCGAGGAGCACGUGACUGUGCUGAUGGACGUCCGAGGCGAUGUCUCCAGGGACAUCCGAGGGGCCGUACUGGACCUACUGGAGCAGAGUGCACCCCCUCUUCCAGUCGGAUACCGACCCAUCUUCACUGACAUCCUGGUGCCUCCCUCCACCCUGGCCUUCUGUCUGCCAACAGCCAAGUGUGCGUGA